CUGCCCUGCGUCCCCCUUCCUGCUCCACCCGUGAGAGGAUGCUGGAGAUUCCUACCGAGUGAGCUUGGGAAGAGGAAGGCUUGAAGAUAUGCUGUUCCUUCCUUCCCUUUCUGCCACGGACCUCACAUUGUAGUUUAUCUCCCAGAGGCUCUGAGAUUGGCACCUCAGGAAAGCAAAAUGCCUCUGUCCCCAACAAGACUGCCUAGCCCCUACGGCUCCGACCGGCUGGUACGUCUGGCAGCCAGGCUCCGACCAGCACUCUGUGACACCCUGAUCACCGUGGGCAGCCAGGAGUUCCCCGCCCACAGCCUGGUACUAGCAGGUGUGAGCCAGCAGCUGGGCCGCAGGGGCCACUGGACUCUGGUGAAAGGCAUCAGUCCUUCCACCUUUGCCCAGCUUCUGUUCUUUGUUUAUGGGGAGAGUGUUGAGCUGCAGCCUGGGGAACUGGGGCCCCUUGAAGAGGCAGCCAGGGCCUUGGGGGUGCAGUCCCUGGAAGAGGCAUGCAAGAAGGCUCGAAGGACCAGGGCUAGCCAAGACCUGGAUCUAGGACUGAAGGAUCAUCAGGAGGAGUCAGAGACACUCACAGGGAAUUCUGGGAGCGAACCCUGGGGCCGCGGGGAGAAGCAGAGGCCAGAGAAGUCUGUUAGAGCUGGUGGGAGAGAACAGGAGGACUUCUGUGAGCACAGGCUACCGAGAGAGAACCCCAAAAUGGCAGAGGCGAUGCAGGAGUGCCGGGAGGAGCAGAGGAGAGCCAAGGAGAAGAAACUCAACCAAUCCUCUAUUGGCCACAGCGGAGCAGAUGGGACGCAAGACGUGAUCACGUGGGUGAGGGAGAGUUCAGAGGGCCCUGAGGAAUGUUGGGGGAUCCCUGGCUCCCUCCCCCCACCAGGUUCCCUGCAAACCAGCGGCAUUCCCAGGCCUUGGUGGGCUGAGGCAUCUUGGUCGGGGGAGGGCCAGCUUGCCCUGUGGAGCCUCCUGCUGUUGCCGCCCAGAUAUGGCACUCCUUUCUCCCAUAGCACCCCCAUCCCUGGAACCUGGCAGGAGGUCUGGCCUUGGGACCAGAGGAUUCCAUCACCCCUAAACCUCCACAAAGGGCUCUGGAGCCAGAACCAGUUGGCCUUCUCCAACCCAGUCCCAGGAUCCUUCCCCCAGAGCCUGGCACAGCUCAGUCCUGGGGAGAUGAGAGAGUCUAAGCAGAGGCACACAGAUGCACUUGCAGCCUGCGUGGGUCAUGUGGGCACAGCAGGCAACCCAUCUCGCCAGCACCCUCCCCAGCCCCCUGCUGCCCGGUCUCGGCCUUAUUCUUGCUCUGACUGCGGAAAGAGGUUUUCACUCAAGCAUCAGAUGGAGACACAUUACCGAGUCCAUACAGGAGAGAAGCCCUUCUCCUGUAGCCUCUGUCCCCAGCGCUCCCGGGACUUCUCGGCCAUGACCAAACACCUGCGGACGCACGGGGCGGCCCCCUACCGCUGCCCUCUGUGCCGGGCCGGCUGCCCCAGCCUGGCCUCCAUGCAGGCGCACAUGCGCGGCCACUCGCCCAGCCAGCUCCCGCCCGGAUGGACCAUUCGCUCCACCUUCCUCUACUCCUCCUCCUCUUCCUCCUCGCGGCAGGCCAGGGCCUCGACCCCUCCUUGCAGUUCCCCUUCCUCCACCACUUGACCGAGUGUCGGGAGCUUCUUUGGCCUCAGUGAGGAGUACAAUAAAAGACGGGUCGGCGGGCUGGCGAGGCUUCUGAUCCGGCACCGCGGCGAGGGCAGCCUAGCGAAUUCUGCUCCCAGAAGCGCCGCAGAAAAGGGCACCCGCGUCCUCUCCCGGACGACCACGGGAGGCCGCAGAAGCCGGGGCCAGCGAGCCCGGGUGGGGUGAGGAGACAGUGAAGUCUGCAAGAGUGAAGGUUAACUGUGUGGGGUCUGGCGAUUUCAUCACCAAAAUAAAGCGUUUCCUGUGCCUCCUCUCAGGACAAGAAAGCCAAGUCCACACUUUGGUCUGUGCGCGGGGGCGGCGGUGGGU